UUCGCAUUAGCGACCACCAAUUUUUUAGUAAAAAAAAAAAAAAAUACCCUUUUGAAAUUCAAGCCGAUCAACCCAUCGAUCCCCAUCCCAAUAGUCCCCCCAAUCCCCUCCCCAGUGUAAUUCACAUCCUUCAAGUUCUUGAAAGUUGGUUCAAGUGAAGUGCAUUGAGUACUUGAAGUUACCCGAGCGGAGAAUUUGGCAUGAGAAAAGAACGGACGAGAGUUACCACCGAUUUAGGAAUUUCAUGAUUUCAAUAAUAAUAAUUAUUAUUUUAUAAAUCUAAAAAAAUGAAUUUUCUCCUUCUGUCAAUAAUUGCGUUGACAAUUGCAUCAUCCAGUGAGGGUUUUACCCUGAUUGAGCCCCUGAAGACUGUGUUGUCGUCGUUCUACAGUGAUAAAUCGAGUGAUGAGCGAAACACCGAGAGGGACACGAGGGAAUCAGCUGAGUAUCAUCACGUGUGUCCUUCGUGCGUUAAAAAUCGGCCUGUCGCCGAUGGAGUUGAUCAGAUGCUCAAUGAAAUAAGAGUCGAGUACGUUAAGGAGCAGAUACUCAAGAAACUCAGGCUGUCAAAACCACCGGACGUUUCGAUAUCCAUUUCUACUCUGCCAAAGCCACUAAUUAACGGUCACGUGCUUGAAUUGAGACCCGGCGAGCCCAUGGAGCCGGAGAAACAAGCAGAGAGCUUUUAUGGGAAAACCGAUCAAAUCGUUGUUUUUCCAAAUGAAGGCCCAACCGAUCUCACCAAUUGUCGAACUACCUCGAAUCAUUUGACUGGAUUCAGUCCAGCUGCAUGUUUCACCUUUAAUCUACCCGGGGAGAUGCAAUUUGUGGCUGUGACAUCAGCUGAUCUCUGGUUUUACAAAGAGAACGACGAAAAUGAUGUUUUCGGGCAGACUUUUGUCCUGUCAGAGCUCGAUCAUUGGGAUCAGGGCGGUAGUUUCGAGAAAAAUACUAUAAUGGCGAUUUUCGAGACGUCUAUUGAGGAUGGCUGGGUUAAAACCGACGUGGCCUUCACCAUAAAAAAAUGGGUUGAAAAGCACAGAUUGAAUCACGCAAUGCAAAUAACAUGCAGCACAUGCUCAAUAGACCGUGAAAAUGCUCCAGUAUCAACUGAAAUGACCUUAAAGCCAUUUCUAGUUAUUCACACAUCACCCCUGCCUCAGAAAAAUCGCCCAAAGCGCAAUUCAAAUUGCCUACCGGAAAUGAAAGAGUGCUGCCGAGAUGAUUUGUACAUAAGCUUCGAGGAGAUUGGAUGGAGUGAUUGGAUUCUCCAUCCGAGUGGCUAUCACGCGUAUUUCUGUCGUGGUUCAUGCACAUCUGCAGCUUCAUUAAUGAUGAGUGGUUCUCCAUACAACAAUGUCAUCCGAAAAUGGUUGACAAAGAACAGCAGCAUCCACCGACGUGGUAGCGAAAUAGUGCCCUGCUGUUCGCCAACUCAGCUCUCACCUAUCCAGCUACUCUACGUAGACUCAAAUAAUACGAUAACCCAGAAAACACUGCCGAACAUGGUCGUAGAGGCGUGUGGAUGUAUGUGAAAGCCCCAAAAGAAGCGAAACAAACAGCAACAGCAAGAGAAAAAAAAAGAAAAAUUUCCUACACAUCCCUCUUCUUUAUUCACCAGCAAACGUGAAAAGCUCCAUGUGGUUCGCCCAAAUGUGUUGGAAACGCAUUUUUUUUCCUCCCUUUCAUUCUACCCCCUGUAACCACCAGAAAUCAGAGACGAGGGGACGACGAAGAGACAGAAUGGUUAAAAGAACUGUGUGUGAAAAUAGUUGAAAACCAAAAAAAGAAAAAGAUAAAGAAAAAGAAAAAGAAAAAUUCCACCAAACACACAGAAAAACAAGCCAAAAAGCAAGGCAUAAACAGAGUGAAAAGGGAAAAAUGUAAUAAUGGAGAAGAAUGAAGAGAUUAAAGUGGAAAUAGUGAAACGUGCUGAAGCUACCGCUCGUGAAGAUUCUCUCUACCGUAGAGAGACAAGAGUAGCGUACUUGAAUCCUCCCUUUUUCCCCUCUCCUUCUCCCUAUUUCCAAGCUCUAGCCCAGUGGUCGUGUUAUUGUAUUACAUUGUGCCUUCAUUCGAAAGAAGAAACAAGAACAAAAUAUAUAUAUAUAUAAACCUGGAGAAUUGUCGAAAUGAAAGGCACUGGGCUACGUUAAAACCAAGACAGUAUUCUCCCCUCCCUAGCGCCCUAGUAAAAAAGUGUUAAUUAUUCCGUCGUGUUUGGUAAUCGAGUCCACGAGUUCAAAUUGUAUGAUUUGCUCGAUAAAUCCUCCCUCGGCUCAUCAUUGACCUCUGUGGACUCUCAUUCUCUCCCUUGGACCGACGUAAACAAUGAUUCAAUAAUUAUUAUUUCAAUUCUCUGACCGUAUGUGGAAUUUAUUUAUUCAUUAAGCUAGGCUAUCACACUGCCCGUGGAAUGUUAUCGAGCAGUUGGUUAAUCAUUUUUAUUCGAGUCAUAGGAAAGUCGACAGGCUGAAGUAUAUCUCGAUUUUCUAUUUCUCCUCAUCUCCCUCUUUUCUAAUUACCACCUUUUUAAAUUUAGUUCGAUCUCGAUUUGACUCUGGGUUUUCACUCGGAUCCGGCUCAGCAGUCAUCGGUGAUAAGAUAAGAAAUGUACACGGGAAUCGCGGAAUUUUGUGAUUAGUAUGUAGGUUUGUGUUUUUUGUUUGUUUAAAUUAUUUAUGCGUUGAUGUGUCGUGAUGA